GCGGAGCGGCGGAGACGUCACUUCCUGGAGACUGACGGGAACACAAGCAGCGGGUGGACAAUGUGUCAGUGUGUCCCCGGGACACGUGCCCCCCGUCCCCGGGCAGUGUGUGGGCUGGAGGCCUCCUAGCGCUGGGCACUGGGCACACAGCACAGCACAGCACUGCACAGCACACACUGGGCACUGGGGACAGAUGGAUGGUGCAUUUGGGUACGCUUCCAUAGUCUCUGAUAAAAGUGGAAUAUUGCAACUGGGAGACGAACAUCCUGACGAUGCCAUUCACCAGCGAAAGGUGGAGGAUCUCAGUAAAAGGUACGCCUGCUUCCGAAGAACCCUUGGUGACGGCAACUGCUUUUACCGAGCCCUGAGCUUCGCGUACCUGGAGGCGCUACUUGGAAAUAGCAAGGGAGUGCAAAAACUUAGAAAGAUUUUAAUGCGAAGCAAAGGCGAACUUUUAUCUAUGGGAUUUAUCGAGAGCACAUUUGAGAAUGCUUUCAACACAUUUAUGGAUGUGAUUGACCUGGUGGAGGCAGAUGUUUCGGGUGCAAAACUCCUGGCCGUUUUCAACGAUCGCAAUACCUCAGAUUGUUUAGUGCUGUAUCUUCGACUGUUGACAUCUGCGUACUUGCAGAAGAAGUCCGAGUUCUUUGAGUACUUCCUUGAGGGAGGAAUGAGCAUUAAAGACUUCUGUACCCAGGAAGUGGAGCCAAUGGCCAUGGAGAGUGACCACAUUCACAUCACUGCACUAACCCAAGCCCUGAACAUACCAAUCCAAGUAGAAUACAUGGACAAAUCGAACACUGCUGUUAAUCACCACAUCUUCCCGGAAGGCUCGAAACCCUUGGUGUAUCUACUUUACAAACCAGGGCAUUACGACAUACUUUACAAAGCAAACAAGUCCAAAUAGUCCUGUGAAUCUGCUUUCGAAAGACCAUAAACACUUUCAGCGUCAGUGCUUUUUUUCCUGUAAUCUUUGAUGGCACGUGAGCCAAAACGUAAAGCCUCAGCACAAUUAACUUUUGAAACUACCUCCCUCUACAGCAUAAUAUGGAUGUAUAUUACCAAUGAAAAGGGAGUGAAUUCAA